AAAAUGGAAGUUGAAAGAAUCAUUAGUGAGAAUCAAGGUCUCUCAAUUGACAAAAAUAAUUUUGAGUAUUCUCUUCAAACUGAUAAUGGAAUACUUUUUAUUUAUUAUAAACCGUCAAACGAACAUUGCAUUGCUGUUGUGCCAAAAUUUACCCAAGCAGCACCACAUUUUUUAGAGAGCAUAACAAAAAUAAAAACUCCAAUGAGUGAUAAAAAAUUAAUUGAACUAUCAGAAUCACAAAGAGUACGUCGUGUAUUAACACUUGAAAAAAAAGAUACAACUGUAACGUAUUUUGGACCACUUGUUAUUGAUGAUAUUAUUAACUGGACAAUUCGACAAGUUGAUCCAACAAAUGAGCCACCAUCACCACCACUAAAAACAAUUGAUUCACAAGAAAUAUCAAUUGUUGAUUUUUCAAAUAAUGUAUUUUUUACAAUACUCAGUACAAAUUAUCAACAUAAAAUACUCAAAAUACCAGAUCAAAAUGAAUUUUUUAAUGAUUAUCAAUUUGAAGAUGAAACUCUGCUGUUAUUUAAAAAAUUUAAUAAAAAACAAUCAGUAUUUGAGGGCCAAAUGGACAUAAAUAAACUUGAAAAUUUUAUAAAAAAAUAUUCAUUACCAUUGAUCAUUGAUUACAAUAGAAAAUAUCAUGAUAAUAUAUUUAAAUGUGGUUUUAAAAAUUAUUUAUACAUAACAUUAAAUAGAAAUGCAAAACAAGUGUUCUUGGUAUGA